UGUUCGGCGCCGUCACACUUACUGUUGCUGCUCUCUGCUGCAGACCCAACUCGGAGAAAUGACAGAUGCUUUAUUCUCCAGCAUGAGCUCUUCGCUCAUCCUCCUCUUCCUCGGCCUCCUCCUGGGCUCCACAGACUCGCUGCCUCCUCCUCGGAUCUCCUUCCCCCUCAACUCAACAGACAGACCUUUAUUUCACUUCAGCCUCCCAGACGUCAGCAACACGACCACGCUGUUGCUCAGCGAAGACAGCUCCACCCUUUACGUUGGAGCUCGAGAUGCUGUCCUCUCAUUGGACGUCAGCCGGAGUGAUGUCAUCAGUCUGAAGAAGAAGGUGAGGUGGAGCCCGUCUGUGGAGGACACCAUCAGCUGUGCUAGCAAAGGGAAGAAUCCACUGGUCGACUGUCCAAACUUUGUCCAUGAUGUUCAAGCGUUAAACUCCACCCACCUGUAUGUCUGCGGCAGCUACGGCUACAACCCCCAUCAGGCCUUCAUUGACAUGGAACGGCUGACUGUGGUCCGUCAGGACGGAGCUAAAGGCCGCUGUCCGUACAGCCCCUUGGAACGGAGCUCUGCAGUCAUCAUCGACGAGGAGCUCUUCACAGCCACAACCACUGACUUCAUGGGGCGCAAACCACAAAUUUCUCGAUUCCUCAGCAAAGAUGGCCGCCCAGACGUCAGCCUGGACUCCUCCGUCACUUUGCUUGAUGAGCCAACGUUCGUGAGCUCCUCGCUGGACCCCGCAGGGCAGAAACUCUACUUCUUCUUUACCGAAGUCGGGAAGGAGUUCAGCUUCGUGAACGAUCUUAGAAUUCCCCGAGUGGCUCAAGUCUGCAAGAAUGACGUUGGAGGACAGAGGACUCUGCAGAAGAAGUGGACAUCCUUUGCCAAAUCUUCUCUGCUGUGUCAGCCUCCCAAUCAACCUCCAUUCACCAUCCUGGAGGAUGUGUUCACCCUGCAGCCACCAGAGGGCGCUGACAGCUCGGAAACACUGUUUUAUGGAGUCUUCACCUCCCAAUGGUCCAGACGGCCAGAGUCUGCCGUGUGCUCAUUUAGGCUGCAGGACAUCAAAGAUGCAUUUACUGGAAGCUUCAUGACCCUGGAGAAGGAAACCAAUGUUCUGAAAUCCAUACCGGGACGUAAUUACCUGGGAAAGUGUGGGCUCGCAAAGUCUUCAGAUUCUCAACUUUCAGAGGUGAAAAGGAGUUACCUGACGAGCAAAAGAGUAAAACAACACGACUGCAUUUCUUCAGAGCAGAAAUACAGUCGUGUUGCUGUAAUGAGGACACAAGCAGCCAGUGGCAAACAGUACAACAUCUUGUUUCUUCUGAAAGAUUCUGGGUUCCUCCACAAAGUGGUGUCUUUGGAUCAGGGUCCUCGGGUCAUUGAGGAGAUCCAAGUCUUCAGAGAACCUCAGUUGGUCAAAAGCCUGGUCCUGUCUCCUUCCAAGGGGGUUCUGUACGUGGGAACAUCUGAAGGUGUGACGGCGGUACCGGUGGCCCGCUGCUCGGUCUACAGAAGCUGCAGGCAGUGCAUCCUGGCCAGGGAUCCUCUCUGUGGCUGGAGUCGGACCAGGAGAACCUGCACCGGUCUGGAUGGCAGCGACGGCGACGACAUAGUCCAAAACGUGGAGGGCAGCGGUUCUGAGGACGAAUGUCUGCAGUCCACCCAGAUCCUGGAGGACCAAGACGUCUUUGUUCAGCUGAAUGAAGCCGUGAAGCUUCCGUGUCAGAACCCGUCCGGCCUGGCCCGGCUCAGCUGGAGGUCCACUCAGGAACCGGUCCUGUCAGAGCGGCUCUUCAUCCAGGCGGCUGACGGCAGCCUCAGCUUCCUCGCCUCCGGCGGCACCUUCGGCACGUACCGCUGCGAGGCGGAGGAGGACGGCGGCAGGGAAGUGGUGGCGAGCUACAGCGUCCGACAGGCCGCCGGUCCGCGGCAUCAGUCGGAGCUCCAGAAAAAUUCUGUGUCACUGAAACCAGAGGAACAUUCUGAGAACGUCGAAGAACCGGCUGUGGUCCAAGUUUCAGAAAGACCCAAAGAUGAAACGCUGAUGACCAAUGAAGACGAUCCCCGACCAACGACGACCUUCAAGGCAGAUCCAGAACGGCUUGUGACCUCAGCUGAAGCUGCUACGUCUUCUAGAACCAUGGACUCCUUCCAUGACGGUUCUGGUUCUGGUGCCCUCGCCCCGACCUCCAGGAAGGACAGCCGGUCCAUGAUGAGGCCCGCAGAAGAAGCUGCUCCACAGAGGAGCUACCACAGCGAGCUGGUGGUGGUCUCCCUCCUGCUGGCCGUCUGCGUCCUGGUCCUGGCCGUCGGCUCGGUCCACAUCUGGAAACAGAGGAGAGCCGGCUCCAGAACCGGCAGUCCGUCGGUUCUGGAGGACGAAAGCAAAGCCAGCACGCAUCUUUAUGACGUGAGCGCUGUGGAGGAAGCAGGUCCGGAUCAAACCAUCCUGCCGUGACGGCGCCGGAGUCCAGGACGCUCUGAAUUAGCCUCAUCCAAGCAGAACCUUCUGCUCUGGGUCCAGAACUUCUCACUCCGUCCUUCACGAAGGAUUCCUCAGCAGUUUGGACCGGUUCUUAUCCACCUUCAGGUCCGGUAGGUCCUGCUGGGAUUCACCAAGACCCAGAGAAAUGAUUCAAGUUUAAAUCGUCCAGAAAUCCUUCAACUUUUAGCUCCUUUUAUUUCAAUUAUUCAACUUUAAAGCAAUGCAGCCGUUUAAAAUGAACAAAAAUAAAGUGAAGAUUAAUUAACACUUUAUUUAAUAAUCAGGGAAAUCAUUUUAGUGGAAUGAAGACGUUUGUCUCAGUCCUCCUCAGGAAGCCCAAUGAGCUCCAGCGGGCCCAAAGUUCUGGUGCCAGAAACUGAUACGGAUCUUCAAGUCCUCUUCAAACAUUUCCUGUAAAAUCUGCAGAAAAAAUCCUCAGGUUUGGUUUAAACUUUUAAAAUAACUUGCAUAUUUUCAGAG